CAGUGUUGUUCCAGACAGAGUGUGUGCCUGUGCCAGGCACUGAGUAAUGUGGGGACACAGAGGUGGCUGUGGCAGGCUGGGCAGGGCACUUCCAGCGCAGCCAGUUGAGCAGCUGUUCAGAGCUGCAGCCCAAGGAUGCCCAUUGCCUCCCUUACUUGUUUUCUUACAUUUGUCUCCAUUGGAAUCCUUGCUUCUGUGCCUUCUGGGUUUGACGUGUUUUUUGCCUGAAAUCUUUUCUCCUUUGUUGCUCUCCCUGCGGCCCACUCUGCUGCCUCAGGAGCAGCCCUGUCCCUGAGGCUGUGUGCAUCCAUCUUCCAGAUCAGGGCCCUGCAGGACGCAGUGCUGCAGAUGGAGGCUUCCCAGGCAACUCGACAGAAGAAGCUGCUGAAGGAGCUGGAGGAGGCUCGAGCACAAGAACGCUCUUUGAGGGACUCUGUGCAUGUCCUGGAGGCUGAGGUGUCUGAGCUGCAUGUGAAGCUUCAGAGCUCUGAGGACAAAGCUCUUGCCUUGGCCAUCCAGUGUAAGGCUGUGGAGCUGGAGCUGAGGAAAACAGAGGCUCAGAGAGACAACCUCAGAGCCUGCAACCUGGAGCUGCAGAAGGAGUUGGAGGAAUGUGAGCAAGAGUGGUGGAAGGAAGAAGCCAGGCACAUCUCUCGUGAAACUGCCCUGGAGAAAGAGGCCACUGAAAGAUGGGAAGAGUCUGUGACUCUUCGUCAGGAGGUGGAAUCUCUGAAGAAGAAAUUAGGAAUCAUGGAGAAGGAAAGGAAGGAUGUGCUGCAUGGACGGGCGUUGUACCAGCAGCAGAUGAGAGAUCUGGAAAGAAAGAAUGAAAUGCUUGGACUCAACAUUCAAAGUCAGCAGGAAAGAACGCAACAAUUGGGCAGUGAAAAGGAAACCAUGCAGGAAGAGUUGAAGCAUGGGGCUGCUGCUUUGAAGAAAGGAAGAGGGAACACUCUGAGUUCUGCAAUGACCAAGUUUAAAAUUGCCAAAGGGGCUCUGCAGAAACGCUUGGCCUUCCAGAAGGGAAAGAGUUGUAUCCAGCCAGGCACUGACAUUGACUUGCAUUCUCCUGCAUCGUCCCUGAAUUAUUCCAGAGAUGUUUCCCAUGGAGAGCAGGCUGUGGGAGCAGAAGAGGAGCAGCUGUUUUGUGGCUCAAGGACCAGCCUGGAAUUUAAGAAACUGCUUGCAUCAGCAGAGAAGGAGAAGAGAGAGAGGCCUGAAUUAUCCACUGUGCCCAGGAGAAGUGGUGAGCAGCAGGCUGUUGGAGCACAAGAGGAGCAGCUGUUUCGUGGCUCAAGGACCAGCCUGGAAUCUAAAAAACCGCUUGCAUCAGCAGAGGAGGAGAAGAGAGAGAGGCCUGAAUUAUCCACUGUGCCCAGGAGAAGUGGUGAGCAGGUGGGACCUGAAAGGAGAAGAACCCGAACUUUUAGGAGAGUGUUCCUCCCAGACUACUUCAUCUUGCCUGUCCAGGAGUCUGCCCAUCAAAAUCAGUCAACUUUUGAAAUAGAGGAGUCCUCCAGUAGCUCAGGGGAGUGGUAGCCCUCCUGCUGAUGCACAGCCUGUGGAGAAAGGGGUGUCCCCGCUGCAGUCACAGCUGGCCCAGGACCGACAGGACCACCUGGAGAGCUGUGCAGGGAGCAGGCAGGAGACACGAGGUGCAGAAGGGACCUCCUUGCUUCCUGAUCAUCUCAGAGAGGAGCCAGGCUGCAGCUGGAUGCAGUUUUAGACCUAGUCAAUAGUUUAUGUUUAAA